AUGAUAUCUUCUACCAUUCCAUGUCAGUCACCAAUGAAUGCCAUUCUUUUUGCAUUAUAUAUUCUUUCAACCGGUCUAAUUUCCUCUGAUUUCCUCUCUUCUUUCAGUCAGUCAGUUAUGUGCUGUCAUGGUCCAGUCUGUUCAUAUCUAUCUAUUCAUCCAUCUAUCUGUAACAUUGGGUUGAUAUCUAUCUAUCUAUCUAUCUAUCUAUCUAUCUAUCUAUCUAUCUAUCUAUCUAUCUCUUCCUAUCUUCGAUGUCAUCUAUUACUAUCUAUGUCUCAUUUGAAAAUAUCUAUCCUUCUAUCUAUCUAUCCUAGUUUGUUCCUAUCUAUCUAUUUAUCUAUCAUACUCUACUCUUAUGCAUCUAUCUUUCUGUCUAUCUAUCUCAAUCUGUUCAUAUCUGUCUAUCUAUGUAUCUGUCACAUACGGUCUAUCUAUCUAUCUAUUUAUCUAUCUAUCUGUCUAUUACAUUCGGUUGAUAUCAAUCUAUCUCUUUCUAUCUUUUCAUACAUAUUUCGCACUUGUUUGAUAUCUAUCUAUCUAUCUAUCUAUCUAUCUAUCUAUCUAUCUAUAUAA